CAUUGGAAGUGUCAAUGUCAGUUGUCAAACGAAAAAGUUAAAAAUAAAUCUCACGUGCACGAACUUCACUAUACUGGUCUGUGAGCACGAGCAACUGUGAGCUUCACCAGUUUGGAUUUCACUAGACAUAAUUUUUUACUCUUGUCUUUUAGUUUAGUGCGCAAGAGCUGUUGUCGUGAAUCACGUGUUGUUCGUUUUAGUGGUGAAAGUCGAUGAUUUAAUAUUAAAAUGCAUCGCUAUUUAAAAGCGUUGUUUUGUGCUUUACUAGUACUUUCUAUCGUCGAUCCAAUAACGUCAAAACGAUCGUACAGUAGUGGUAGGCAUUCAUAUCCGAAGCCAAGUGGUGGUGGCCUUUCGGGCGGCGGGCACGGGUAUCCUUCAUCAGGCGGCACUCACGGCUACCCGUCAUCGAGCGUUCACUCGGGCACAGGAGGCGGGCACGGGUAUCCGUCGUCGGUUAACAGUCACGGCUACCCCUCAUCGGACGGCCUCUCGGGUACAGGAGGCGGACACGCGUAUCCUUCAUCUGGAGGCAGCCACAGUUAUCCCUCAUCAGGGUCGUCGGGACAAAGUCACGGGUACCCGUCAGGCAAAGGCUUGUCUGGCAACACACCAAGUCGGCCCGGCACUGGAGUGAGUCACACCACAAAUGUCCACCACCAUUACCACUACAAUCCGCCGCAACAGAUCAGAUACACCCCAACACAUGGUGGACCACCUGUAAACUAUCCAGUGUAUCACGGUAGCCCACCAAAUUAUGUGUACCAAUACAAGGACUCUGGAAGUAAAUACGGCACUCUGUUAGCCGGUCUAGCCCUACUGAACCUCGGAACACUCGGUGUCGCCACUUACGCAGCUGCUAAAGCCCAUUCAGGAUCAGGGCAACAAACCUACGUGUCUAAGCCGGGUGAAGUGUGCAAGUUUGGCCUGAAAAAAGACAAUGGAGACUAUGAGGAAACUAAAAUAGAUUGCAAUUUGAUAUCUAGUUUCAUUUAUGAGGAGGAGGCCAGAAGACCAAGCACUGUAAUCAACUCCACUGGAUCUGUAGUAACUACAACAGUGACCAAUGUUACUACACUGAAUGCAGAUGGAUCUCUUAUUACUCAGACACAGGCACCGAGUACCUUGUUUGAUAUGUUACCAAAUGGCACAUUGGUGCCAGUGAAUGUGACCAAUGUAAAUACCACAGCGCCCAACACCCCAGCCGCUCCGGGCACUGUGACCUCUUCAGUAACUAUCACUACGACAAAUACAACAACCACAAAUGCUCUGGAUGUCAAAGGCAAGCCUGUUGAAGUAACACCGGGUAUGCAGUGCUAUGUAAUAAGACAUAGCCCAACCAGUAACAUGAAGAGAUCUGUGCCUUGUGGUCUUUUACAGACAUACGCGACACAAUCCUUGAAAAAGAAUUCAGCUUCGAGAAAUCUUCCAGUACUAUCUAUAUUGAGUGUUAUGGUUGCUAUAUUUGUUGGAUAUUAAAAUUAAUGACUAAAUAGUGUUUAUAUUAAAUGUUUGGAAUUUAUUGAGUUAAAUAUCACAAUGAAAACAGUAUAAUUUGCUUUAACUGCCUCCUUGUGCCAGAUAAUAAAUAUUGUAUUAUUCAGAUAGCCUGUAUAUUUUUGGAAUAUUGUAUUAUAAUAUAAAAUAUGUUUGUUGUUAAGGGUUGAAAAAAAUUAUGUGUAGCAUUCCUUCCAUGAACAGCUAGUUUUGAAAUAUGUGGCAACUGGCAAGCUAUAGUAAACAGGCCAAAAUAAUGACUGAUCUGUUUUUGUACUUAUAUUUAAAUACAUAGUUUUACAUGUUUUUUUUGUAAUUAUAUUAUAGUUUAACUGGGACUUAACACAGCUGAAUGUUUAUAAUAUUUGUCUCGAGUUAUAUUGAAUUAAAUGUGAUAUUUUGUAAUACAGUUUUUGGCUAUAUUAAUAAAUUUUGUUAGUAAUAAAA